GUGGUGAACACAGAAGUAUUUACAAAUUUGUAAGUUCUGAGCAUUAUGAGUGACAGUCUCUUUUAUUGCUGGAAACCAGUCAAAGCAGUGUGGCCCUGUGAGAGAAACCCAGUAGUGGAGCCAGCAGAUCUGCACUUGAACCCUAGCCCCACUGCUUCUCUGCUGUGUGAUCCUAGAUGGGUCACCUCCCUGCUCAGAGCUCCUGUUGCCUCACUGGCAUUCCCAUCAAGAGCACCAUGGACAAUCCCACCACCACACAGUAUGCCAACCUCAUGCACAACUUCAUCUUGAAGGCACGGAGUACCGUGCGUGAAAUUGACCCCCAGAAUGACCUCACCUUCCUUCGAAUUCGCUCCAAGAAAAAUGAAAUUAUGGUUGCACCAGAUAAAGACUAUUUCCUGAUUGUGAUUCAGAAUCCAACCGAAUAAGCUACUCUCUUGGCCCCCGUGUUAUACCUUAAUUUAAUGCCCCCCAAGAAUAAGUGUUAAUCAUAUCAACCAACUGGCACAUGGAAAUCACCUUAGAGCCCACUUAGACCACUCCAGUGACCAUGGGUGGGCUGGCAGCUCCACUCGCCCCACCAAAGUAAUCCCUCUUCUGUUCAAGUUGCUCCCAGAGUCACUGGGUGGGCCCUCUUUUCUCACUUCCAGGUUUUGGACAAAAGCUGGUGAGAAGCCCACACCCAGCUUCCUUCUGACCUUCAGUUCACCUUGCCUCCCUUAGAAAAGGUUGUUUUUCUUUAACUAAAAAUAAUUGAAAUGCUUA